AUGAAUGUUGUGGCUGCUCGAGGUAGUCUUGCUCAACGAGGUAUGCAAUUGGAUACAAUCUGUCCUCUUUGUGGUAACUCAGUUGAGAGUAUUUUCCAUAUGUUGAUUUCGUGUGAGGAUGCUAAGAGAAUAUGGUAUCUAUCUCCCUUGAGGUUGUUGGUGGAUUAUUAUGAAGGGAAUUCUUUCAGGGAGUGGUGUUGUUCUGUACGCAAAAGCCACAAAGAUCCCUCAUGGUGGAAUUUGUUUUGGAGUAUUUUAUGGGGAGUUUGGUUGAGAAGGAAUGCGUGGGUGUUUGAAGGUAGGAAAAGAGAUGUGGCUGCCUCCUCCUCAUGGCACGAUCAAAUCAAUACUGAUGCAGCGGUUUCCAGCACUCUUGGAGUGGGUCCGGGGGGUGUGAUGCGCGAUACGGAGGGUGAUGUGGUGGUCUCAACGUGCUUAAGGUGGAGUGGAAAGGUUGAGGCUGAUGUUGCUGAAGCCUUAGCAAUGCGGCACGCCUUGGCAAUUACUCUUGACUCGGGGUUCAAUAGGGUAUGCCUUGAAACAGAUUGUCUGAAGCUUCACAAUCAUCUAGUCAAGGGUAGAGCUCCUCCUACUGAAUUUGGCCUUGUGGUCAAUGAUAUUCUACACCUUACUCUUAGAUGUCAAGUUUGUUCAUUUUCUUUCGUGAAGAGGGCAGGCAACCGGGUUGCUCACGAGCUAGCAAAAUUAAGUUUUUCUUUUGAUGAUCUUAGAGUUUGGAUGGAAGAGGUCCCUUUGGGCAUCUCUAAUUUUGUAAUGGAUGAUAUGAAACUUUUGUUUGAUUAA